GCUUGAUUUGAUUGCAGAAUGGAGUUCGCGAUUGACAACAUCUUCCGGCCGAUGCGACACUUGUUCACUCGGACGGUGGGCUACAUCCUGUUCUGCGAAUCCUACAUCCGGGCGCUCGAAUCGGAGGCUAGAUGGCUGAAGAGCCAGCGCGACGACGUGACGAGAGAGGUGCGCUCGGCGGAGAGGCAGGGAAUGGAGGCGACCAACCAGGUGAGCCACUGGCUGGAAGCCGUUGCCUCGCUAUUGCUCCGCGCCAGUGGGAUCGUCGCCGAGUUCCCUGGAGGGGACGGAGCGGCGGCGGGGCUUGGCCUGCGUGCAGCCUACCGGCUGAGCAAGCGUGCCGACCAGGCGCACGCCGAAGCCGUCUCCCUGGUGGAGCAAAGAUCCACCUUCCACAAGGUGGCAGACGCGCCCGUGUUCGCCUGCACCGAGGUGCUCCCGACGGCGACCCCGUCGAUUGGCCUUGACGCUCUCAUCGCGCGUGUCGCGAAUACCUUCCAGGAGAACAGCACCAGCAUUAUCGGCAUCUACGGCACGGCCGGCGUCGGGAAGACCACCCUGAUGCACCACUUCAACAACACCUUCCUGUCGGCGUCCGCGGCGUCCAUGGACAUUCACCUCGUCAUCUACGUGGAAGUCACGGAGCGUUACAGCGCGGAAAGCGCGGGCACCGUCCAGUCGGUCCAGAAGGCCAUCGGCUCCCGUCUAGGCCUCCGGUGGGAGGACGGGAAGAGCACCAAGGAGAGGGCGCUCGCCCUGUGCACGUAUCUCCACAGGUGGAACUUCGUGCUCCUCCUGGACGACGUGUGGGAGCCCCUUAACCUCGCCGAGCUCGGAGUCCCCGUGCCCGGCCGGCAAGGCAAGAGCAAGGUCCUGCUGACGACGCGGCUUGAGCACGUGUGCGACCAGAUGGACGUGUCGAGCAAGAUCAAGGUGGAGUGCCUGUCCGCGGGCGAUUCGUGGGAGCUGUUCAAGAACAAGGUGGGCAACGCACUCGGCAAUAGCAGGGAGAUCCAGCAGCUUGCCCAGGUGAUGGCGUCGCGGUGCGGCGGCCUGCCACUUGGUCUCAUCACGGUUGCACGGGCCAUGGCGUGCAAGAGGGUAACGCAGGAGUGGGAGCAUAGCAUGGCGGCGCUCAAUUUGGCUCCAUGGCAGCUCGACGGCGUCGAGGCAAACCUCCUCAUCAGCUUGAAGCGGAGCUACGACAGGUUACGGGACGACAGCCUCAGGAUCUGCCUCCUGUAUUGUUCUCUGUUCUCAGGAGAGACGUCCAAGGAAUUACUUGUCGAGAGCUUCAUUGGAGAAGGAUUUGUGAGCGAUGUUUCCGCCGAUGACAUGGAUGAUCUCUACAACAAGGGCUAUUACAUGCUUGGUGUUCUAGUGACCUCCUCUCUGCUGGAAGCAGCCGGUGACCACCAUGUCACCAUGCAUCCCAUGGUGCGAGCCAUGGCCUUGUGGAUAGUUGCAGAUUGCGGCAGGAUUGAGAAUAAGUGGAUAGUUCGAGCAGGUCUUGGCGCCGCGCCGCGGGUGGAUAAAUGGACAGGCGCUGAGAGGGUGUCACUGAUACGUACCGACAUCCACGAGCUGAACGACGCGCCGACAUGCUCUAUUCUGAGAACGUUGCUGCUCCAGAGCAAUCGGUUGCUGGGGAGGAUAUGCCACGACUUCUUCAGCUUCAUGCCGUGUCUCAGGUUGCUGGACCUAUCGGAUACGCGGAUCACCGCACUGCCGUCCGAGAUCAACCUGCUGGUCACUCUGCAAUACCUCCGCCUCAAUAACACGAUUAUUCGGUCCUUGCCCGCUGGAAUCGGAGCCCUGGUGAACCUGCGCUUCUUGCUGCUGUCCAAUGUGCCCGUCCAAACCAUUGCGGCCGGCGUGCUAAACCCACUCACCGCGCUGCAGGUCCUGUGCAUGGACCACUGCUGGAGCAGCUGGAUGGACGUCGGGAGCUGUGAUCCCGAGUCAGGUGACUCGAGAAAACGGAGGCGGCACGACCUCAGGCAACGCGUCAACCUGCGUGAACUCGAGAGCCUGAGAAGCCUGCAGAUGCUUGACAUAUCCGUGCAAACGCUCCACUCUCUGGAGAAGCUCUCGCAGUCUCCCCAUCUCGCGGAGCACUUGCGGAAUCUGCAUGUCCAGGACUGCAGCGACUUGCUGAGCCUCCUGUUUUCGCCCUCCAGCCUCUGGAGGCACAUGAGCAGGUUGAAGGGCAUCAGUAUCAGUGACUGCUGCAACCUGGAGAAUGUCCUUAUCACCGGAGGUGGAUACAACGCCGAGGAGCCAUCGUCGCUUGAUCGCACCGUCAGCAUGAUGCGUUACAGGGUGCCCGAUGAGUAUGUGGACGUUGACAACGUGUUUCGUCCAAGGACUAGCCAGUCACUGGACACGGACCGUCGCAAGCCCGUCCGGCUGCUCCCUUCUCUCCAAAGUAUCAUCCUUCGCAAGCUCCCAAAGGCCAAGAUUGUCUGGCAGGGCGGCGGCCUGGAACAUUUAUCAUCCUUGAGCAUUUCAUCCUGCAGUGGACUUGAGCACCUUAUAUCCUGCAGCGCGGAAGGGUUGAGCCAUGGAUCGUGUACGGUGUUUCCAAGCCUCAAGGAGUUAGAGUUGCACGACUUGCCAAAUAUGAGAAGCAUAGGCCCUGAGUACGUCGCAGUGAAUUUCCCAAGCUUGGCGAGCCUCAAAGUAGUCAGAUGCAGCAGGCUUAAGAAGCUGAAUCUCGUGGCAGGAUGCCUGAAAGAACUCCAGUGUACACAGUCAUGGUGGAACACGCUAGUAUGGGAGGACGAGAAUCUGAAGUCGGUUUUCUUGCCUUCCGUGAAACCAUUAGCAUAACCUCCUCAAGAACAAUCCCUCACUUUAGGUAGCGUUCGAAACAGAUCUGGUGAAGAAGCUGUGAACUGAUCUGAGCUGCUUGUAUUGGUCGGCAGCUACUGAUGGAUGGUUCAGUCUGGACUGAAUGGACCAGUUCAAUUAACAGUAAUACCAGCGACAGCGAGGUUGACAAGGAAUAGAUAGUACUUGCUCCAUUUUUA